GUCAGCUGUUUUCUAAACCUAUCUCUUUUCUUGCACAACAAUUUCUGCGACUUUUUCAGGGUAUUUUUCAAGUUUGCCGGAUUUCCUAAAACAACAUGCGUCUGACAAAUGUUUUAUUCAAGAAAGUGAAGAGCAAGCGUAUCAUGGUUGUGCUGGAAAGUGUGGUCAGUGGACAUCAGUAUAAUGCCUUUCGCGAUCGUUUGGCCGAAAAAUUGGAAAUAAUACGCUUUGAUCCCUACAUUCAACAAGAAAGCCUCUAUCGCGAACGCAAGAAAAUCCGCAGCGCUUAAGGAAAACCCCAUUAAUUUUAGACUUUUCCUGUUAGUUAGAGCAAAUAAAUGUUAAAAAGUCA